UGGGAGCCGCCCGGGGCCGAGAUGCGCCGGCCUGCUGCGCCCUGCUCCCGGGGGCCCUGCCGCGGCGGCGGAGGAGGGGCGGCCCUGCAGCUAAGAAAACUGUUACCCAGAAGGGAGAGGAAAGUUUCCACAUUUGAUGACAAAGCUGGUACCAGAACCCUGGUCUCCUGACUUCCAGUCCAAGCCUCUUCCUUACACCAGGAUGACCUUGCUUUCUGCACUGCCACAAAGCCGGACACAACCCUGGCUGGCUCACCAGACCCACGCUGCCCCUGGAACCGGAAGGCUUUGGCUCUGUGGGGACCCAGCUGAUUUUGUAACAGUGAGACCAAGCCCCUUGGUUUGAUUACUCCUGCUGAUCGCCUCAGCAUGGGGAGGAUCAGCGUCUCCUGCCUGUUUCCCGCAUCCUGGCAUUUUAGCAUCUCCCCAGUGGGGUGCCCUAGAAUUCUGAACACCAACCUACGCCAGAUUGUGGUCGUUGGCAUCCUGGCUGCCGCCGUUUCCUUGUUGUAUUUCUCUGUCAUCAUAAUCCGACAUAAGUAUGGGCGCUUAUCCCGGGAUAAGAAGUUUCACAGGUAUCUGGCCCGAGUGACAGACGUUGAAGCUACUGACACCAACAACCCCCACAUCAAUUAUGGCAUCGUGGUGGACUGCGGGAGCAGUGGAUCUCGGAUUUUUGUCUAUUGCUGGCCCCGCCACAAUGGCAAUCCUCAUGAUCUGUUGGAUAUCAGACAAAUGAGGGACAAAACCCGGAAGCCAGUGGUCAUGAAAAUAAAGCCAGGCAUAUCCGAGUUUGCUGCCUCUCCAGAAAAAGUCAGUGAUUAUAUUUCUCCACUUCUGAGUUUUGCUGCAGAGCAUGUGCCACGGGCAAAACAUAAAGAGACCCCUCUCUAUAUCCUCUGUACAGCCGGGAUGAGAAUCCUUCCAGAAAGUCAGCAAAAAGCCAUAUUGGAAGAUCUUCUGACAGACGUCCCAGCACACUUUGACUUUCUGUUCUCUGACUCGCAUGCCGAGGUUAUUUCAGGGAAACAAGAAGGUGUCUAUGCUUGGAUUGGCAUUAACUUUGUCCUCGGGCGAUUUGAGCACAUUGAAGAUGAUGAUGAGGCAGUGGUGGAAGUGAACGUUCCUGGGGGCGAGAGCCAAGCAGCUAUUGUCCGCAAAAGGACAGCGGGUAUUCUGGACAUGGGCGGAGUGUCUACCCAGAUAGCGUAUGAAGUCCCCAAAAGUGUAAGCUUUGCCUCCUCACAGCAGGAAGAAGUAGCCAAAAAUUUGCUUGCUGAAUUUAACCUGGGCUGUGAUGUUCAUCGAACUGAGCAUGUAUACAGAGUAUACGUAGCCACCUUCCUUGGCUUUGGUGGCAAUGCAGCCCGGCAGAGGUAUGAAGACAGCAUAUUUGCCAACACCAUGCUAAAGAACAGGCUCCUGAGUAAGCAGACGGGUCUAACUUCUGACACUCCGUAUCUGGACCCUUGCCUACCCUUAGACAUUCACGAUGAAAUUCAGCAGAAUGGGCAGACCAUGUACCUCCGGGGCACUGGAGACUUCACCCUAUGCCGGAAGACUCUGCAGCCUUUCAUGAACAAAACAAAUGAGACCCAGACCUCCCUCAGCGGGGUCUAUCAGCCUCCGAUUCACUUUGACAACAGCGAAUUCUAUGGCUUUUCAGAAUUCUACUAUUGCACUGAGGAUGUGUUAAGAAUGGGGGGAGAUUACAAUGCUGCUAAGUUUAGUAAAGCUGCCAAGGAUUAUUGUGCAACAAAGUGGUCCAUCUUGCGGGAACGCUUUGACCAGGGACUUUAUGCGUCUCAUGCUGACCUCCAUAGGCUGAAGUAUCAGUGCUUUAAAUCCGCCUGGAUGUAUGAGGUGUUUCACAGAGGCUUCUCAUUUCCAGUUAACUAUAGCAAUUUAAAGACGGCCUUGCAGGUUUACGACAAGGAAGUGCAGUGGACGCUGGGAGCAAUCCUCUACAGAACCCGGUUUUUACCUUUGAGAGACAUCCAGCAGGAGAACUUCCGGGCCAGCCACGCUCACUGGCGAGGCUUCUCCUUCGUCUACAAUCACUACCUGUUCUCUGCCUGCUUCCUGGUCGUCCUCUUAUCCAUUCUGCUCUAUCUGCUGCGGCUUCGGCGGAUUCACCGGCGCAUGCCGUGGAGUAGCUCGGCGGCCUCCCUCUGGAUGGAGGAAGGACUUCCGCCCCAGAAGAUGGCUGGAGCCUUGUGAGCCAGGGCAUAAGUGAGGGCCCGGGGAGACUGGGAAAAGAAAAAGCCAUUUUUGCCUCAGGGGUUCUUCUCAUUUCUCCCUCUUUUUUUCUCCCAGUUUGGUCCCUUCAAAUAACAACAAAACAAUUUUUAAAAGACCUGCCUUCCGGGCAGUGUGGUGUUCACUUAUUUUUGGAAACUGCUGAGGGAUGGGAAAUAUGCUUGGUAUUUGGUGAUAGAACAUCCCAGGCAGAAGUUCUUGGGGGUCUCCUUUUUAAACAGUUGUUAACGUGAAAGCACUUUCAUAUUUGGGACAGGGGUGGGGCUGAGAGGAGGCCCUCAGAAUGAAGAGGACUCCCGCUGCUGCCACUGAAGAGGAGCUCUGCGGAACUGCAGAGUCUGUGGACUGAAGUUCUCAUUCCUCUUCCUUCCCUGGUAGAAUGAGCUCUCCAGCCCAGCCAGGGAAAUGGUGUUUCUUCUGUAUUUUUUUUUCAGGCUCUCUGCUCUGAGAUUUCAUUGAAAAUGUUUCAAAAUCCUGAGCCACCCAAAUAGAGGACAGACCAGGGUGGGGUUGACAGGCUUUAAAAGCAGUAUCGAAGAGACCUAUAAAAUGUGAAAUGUGGAUUUGCUCCCUGUGUAUGUGGUGUGUGUGCGUGUGCGCACGCGUGCAUGUCUCUGUGUGCGCAUGUGUGCCUGCGUGUGCAUGUCUCUGUGUAAGCGCACGCAUGUGCGUGCAUGCACAUGCCUAUACAAUGUGUGCAUACAAAAUGACAGUGAAUUUGAGUGAGGAUAAAGAAAAGCUGCCUCUUCCCAGCUAGGAUUCUUCUUAAAAGCAAAAAAAAAAAAAA